UUUGUUUACAGUCAGAAUAUUUCUUCUCAAAACGUGGUCUUAGAAUUUGGGGGAAGGCUACUGAAAGCCUGGCUUCAGUUCAGGGCUCAGUUGCCAACAGAAUACCUUGACUUACUGGCUGGAAUAGUUUUGAAGGCUUGUGUGGUGUGGUCUGUUUCAUGUCAGUUGUUGGUCAUUGGUUUAAUGAGGUGACUUAGCCAGUCAGAUUAAAGACGGACUUCGCUGGACUUCACGUCUUGAGAGGCGGCAGGACUCGUUCCAGCAGCCUGUUAAAACAUGGUGGAUUACUAUGAAGUUCUAGGCGUGCAGAGACACGCCUCGGCCGAGGAUAUUAAGAAGGCGUAUCGGAAACUGGCACUGAAGUGGCAUCCAGAUAAAAACCCCGAGAACAAGGAAGAAGCGGAGAGAAAAUUCAAGCAAGUAGCUGAGGCAUAUGAGGUGUUGUCAGACGCUAAAAAACGGGACAUCUAUGACAGAUACGGCAAAGAAGGAUUAAAUGGUGGCGGUGGAGGUGGAAGUCACUUCGACAGUCCGUUUGAGUUUGGCUUCACAUUCCGAAACCCAGAAGACGUCUUCAGGGAAUUUUUUGGUGGAAGGGACCCAUUUUCAUUCGACUUCUUCGAAGACCCGUUUGAGGAGUUCUUCGGGAGUCGCAGGGGCCCCCGCGGAAGCCGGAGCCGAGGCACGGGCUCGUUCUUCUCUGCUUUCAGCGGCUUCCCCGCCUUUGGAGGGGCGUUUCCCUCCUUUGAUGCAGGGUACACUUCCUUCGGCUCGCUAGGCCACGGGGGCCUCACGGCGUUUUCCUCCUCCUCGGCCUUCGGCGGGAGCGGGAUGGGCAACUACAAGUCCAUAUCGACGUCGACGAAGGUGGUGAACGGCAGGAAGAUCACCACCAAGAGGAUUGUCGAGAAUGGUCAAGAAAGGGUGGAAGUUGAAGAAGACGGCCAGUUAAAGUCCUUGACGAUAAAUGGUGUGGCCGAUGAGGACGCCUUCGCGGAGGAGUGCCUGCGACGAGGCCAGAGCGCGCUGCCCGCCCAGCCCGCCAGCUCCAGUGCCCGCUCGCUGCGGCCGCCGCGGCCCGCGCCCCCGCCCCGGCCAGCGGCGCACGCCGCAGGGGAGGACGAGGACGCGCCGGGCGCCUUCUGCGCAGGAUUCAAAGAAGGCGGCAAGAGGAAGAAACCGAAGCACAGGGAGGAGUCGAAGAAGAAGAAGCCGACCAAGGGCCCCCUCUAGACUGCCCGGCAGAGCAGCCGUGUGCGCUCCCGUGCGGCCCGCCUCCUGCGGGGGGCGCACUGGGGCCGGGGGCGGGGCAGGGCGUGGAGCCGCGCGGGGCCCACUGGCGCCGGGGGCGGGGGGCGGAGCCGCCGGCCGACCCUGCCCCUCUCGCCAAGCCCUCGCGUCCCCUCUGGUGGCCGCGGCCCCCCGCUGCCUGGCGCACACGCGGGGUCCCGCCGCCUCGGCUGUGCGCGGCCCGGGUGCGUGUGCAUGCUCUGACACGCCCUCACCUCUUGCCGCUGUGUGUGUGAAUCUAGGCUCCAGUUAAGGGCAGGGCGGCGUGAAGGUGACCCCUCCCGCAGCUUCAGGGAGCCAGACCUUCCUCAGGCGACAGGCCGCUCCAGGGCUGGAGUCGCCCUCACGUUGACGGUUUUCGUCCCUGUCCUCUGCAAACAGCCCGCGUUCCACCUCAGCUCGCCCAUCUCCUCCUGGACCCGGAGCCGUUCUGGCAGGAAGGCGGGAGUCUACAAGCUUCUGCCCCGCGGGGCCUCCUCCGGCCCUCAGUGUGGGUCCGGGUUCCUCGGGACCUGAGCCCGUGCGCUGAGCUGAGAACUAGAGCUUCGGCUCCGCUCCCCCAAAGAGCUCCCCCCUCGGGCGGGGGUCCCCAGCUUUUCGCAGCCGCCCCGGCAGGGCCUUCCUCAACAGCAGCCCCUCGCCCUCCCCCCGGGCACCGAGGUCUCCGUGAGAAGCUUCCGCGGGGUUUUCACAAGCCAGCGGCCCUUGCCCCUGGGGCCCGGUCGUGCAGGGCAGCUCCGUGAGCAUGGGCACCGGGAGCGAGUGUGAUGCCGGUGGUUUUCGGGGGACUGUGGGGGGAGGUAGUGCGGGGCCCUUGGGGGGUAGAGUGGACGGUGUUUGAUGCUUAGUGUGGAAAAUGUAACUGAAAGCAUACCCACGUGAAUAAACUGUAAGUGUUAUUGACUGACA